GGUGCGCGCGCGUUUGAGUGCGUGUGUGUGUGUGUGUGUGUGCGUGUGUGUGUGUGUGUGUGCGCGCACAUCAGCUGUUUUACAGUGAACACUGGACGUCUGAGUGAUCGCGUGGUGUGUCUGAUCAUGGGGACGUUAAUUAUUUGCGAGCCGCGGACCCCGGCAGUGGAAACGUGAAGGUCUCUGAAGGCUUUGCCUGUCACAUGCCGGCCCGCUAACUCGGUUACAGUAGCUACACACCGGUGUAUUGGGAGGAGGAUUAUAGACAGGAUUACUCCGGAGUCUUUCAUGUUUCCCACUUUGAUGGCUACAAAGUGACGGCGUUUAUCUGACUCACAAGCUGCACAGAGUUGACGUUCCGACGUCUUUUCACAACAAUGUUAGAGUGUCCGUUCCAGGCCCAUGAUCCUCAGUGGCAACUGAUUACCCCGAUAAUAUCUAAAACGCUUCUAUUAAAUAAGGCAGUGCAUCGCAGAAGGGAAGGGGACUGAUACAUUACGUGGCACUUCUCCCACUUUUUCCCCAACCCUGACGUUUGAGAUCACCCCCUGAUGACCUCUCAGUGACCCCGUGGUGUCCUCUCAAACCCCGAGAUGAUCGCUCUGCGGCCACCCAGUCACGCCCCCGAAUGAUGAAGGCCUCGGACACACUCACCAUCCUCUUCCUCUUCCACAGGACAGUGUGUGUCUCAGGGAGGACCAUGAACAACGUGGUGGAAGGAUGGAGCCACUACAGGAACGAAUGUCUGCUGCAGAUGAGUACAGAACCCAGACCCCGAGGAGUCUUUUGCAGUCGUAUGUUUGACAUGUACGCCUGCUGGCCAGAUGGACAACCCAACUCUACUGUCAAGGUGCCCUGCCCUUGGUACCUGCCCUGGCACAAGCAAGUGCAUAAUGGCUUUGUGUUGCGGGAGUGUGGCCCUGAUGGUCAGUGGGCCACCAGAAACUCCAGCCUCACCUGGAGGGACCACUCUCAGUGCGAAGCUGACCACAUCCAGGAGAGUUCUCAGGAGCAGCAGAUGAUGACCUUAGCGUACUUCAGAGUCAUAUACACAGUGGGUUACUGCGUCAGUCUGGCCGCUCUCUCUCUGGCUCUGAUAAUUCUGCUGUUUUUCAGGAAGCUACACUGCACUCGAAACUACAUCCACACCAACUUGUUUGCAUCGUUCAUUCUGCGGGCCGUUUCCAUCCUGAGCAGAGACGCUCUGCUGAGCCGAGACACGCCCGGGUUCAGGGACAACAGGGACGUCGCCAUCGUCCUCAGUGACCAGGCAGCGUCCGGCUGCCGCGUGGCUCAGGUGCUGAUGCAGUACUGUGUGGGAGCCAACUACUAUUGGCUGCUGGUGGAAGGCCUGUAUCUACACAACCUGCUGGUGCAGAUGGUGUUCUCUGAAAACCACUUCUUCUGUGGCUACCUGAUCAUCGGCUGGGGUAGCCCCGUGUUAUUUGUGAUUCCUUGGAUUAUUGUGCGUUACCUGUUUGAAAGCACAAGGUGUUGGGAGAUCAACGAGAACAUGGCGCACUGGUGGAUAAUCCGCACCCCCAUCCUGCUCGCCAUUCUGGUCAACUUCUUCAUCUUUAUCCGCAUCCUCCGUAUCCUUGUAGCCAAACUGAAAGCCCAUCAGAUGAGAAAAACUGACUACAAAUUCAGACUGGCCAAAUCCACCCUGACCCUGAUCCCUCUGCUGGGGGUCCAUGAAGUGGUCUUUGCAGUGUUGACAGAGGAGCACACAGACGGAGUCUUGCGCAACAUCAACCUUUUCUUCCAGCUCCUUUUCAGCUCUUUACAGGGUUUAUUUGUCGCCAUCCUCUACUGUUUCGUCAACAAGGAGGUGCAGGCAGAGAUAUGGAAGAAAUGGCACAGGUGGAAGGUGGGGAUGACUGACCUGGAUGACCUGAGAAACACUGGCAGCAACCUGCCACAGGUUGGUGCUGGCAUACCACUGUCCAGCCCGUACCAUCCGUCUCCCUGCCUUCCGCCAGCCCGCUGCCAAGAGGACCCCCGCCUCUCCACAAAGUCCCCCCAAUCUGCCCCUCCUCCCCCACGGUCCCCCCCUCCUCACCCCUACAGCCCACGUCAGGACCAGCCGGGAGCCACACAGCCGAAGACCAAGUGCUAUAUCUCUGCUCAUGGACAGGACAGAGGAGAAGAGAGUGAGGCCUUGUCCUGUGAAAGCCCCUGCUGAUAAGAGCACGUGGGACAAUCAGAUUCACUCACUGACUCACUGACUGUCGCGAUUGUAUUUAGUUUAAUACGACGUGGAGGCAGAGGCACGAUGAGUGCUUUAAGAAAUGGAUGGAUGGUUUACCUGUUCCUCCGGUGUCAGCGGUGGAUGACUUCAUACACGAAGUGUGUGUGGAAACAGUCCAUCAGCAAGUAGCUGACAAUGUUUUCUGACGCCUGUGUCAAAGAGGGGGAGGAAAUAAAGGACAAUUUUAAUUAUUGCCAUGGACAGAGCGACAUGGAUUUAUUUAUUUAUUUUUUUCAUGGAAAUGUGUCAAACAUGCUUUCAGGGAAAAGCCAAAUGUCAAUCGACUCAACAAUUCCGCCAUAUGCGCUCUAUAAAAUAUAUUAAUCUCAUUCAGCUCUCUACAGUGCACUUCUAGAUAAUCUGUUUGUCUCUUCAUCUUCAUCAGCAUUAUUAGUUUUUGUAUUAACUGAGUGUCGUUACCUUAGGUCCGUCCUCUCUCUGCCUGCACAGCUUUGCAGUAAUGGGGUCCUCUGCUAAAUGCAGAUCAAUCUCUUGUGAUGUGUGAGAUAUCUGAAUCUAUUUCCUGUGAUCCAGAUGAAGUUAACGGUAUGAUACAGGGGCCUCUAAAGCCAUUCAGUGGAGAUCGAGAGUACACACACCCAACAGCAAAAAUCAAGACAAGAGGCUGAGUACUACAGUUGCGAGUAAUCUAGAUAAUUUUAAAGGUGACAUAUUAUGGUCAUAUUCAGUUUCAUACUUUUAAUUUGGGUGACCACUUGAAAAGGUUUACAUGCUCUAAUGUUCAGAAAAGGCAUCAGUGUUCCUCAUUUAACCCUCUGUCUAAUUCGCCUGGAUUUAUUUUAGCUCCGCCUCCUGAUAAAUCAAAGUCUGCCCUGAUUGGCCAGUUGGUCCAGUCUGUUUUGAAUGGUCAGACGAUUUUAAAAUGUGUAGGAAAUGUCCCGACCCUUCACCAGAGUUGUGGAGAUUCUCAGAUUGGAGGCGAGGUUACCCCAAAUGAGUCCACCUGUGACAUCACGGUGGGAGCCAGGCUGUCGGGUUUAGCCAGCUCACAAAAAAACCCUCAUGGUGGCAGGGCAUCGCAGAUACACACAUUUGUGCACAAACACCGAAAAAGGGAUUUUUGCAUAUAUCACCUCUAAGUUAAAUCAAGAUCUACCUCAGAUUCUGAAACUGAACAUGGAAUGGUCUGUCCUGGUUUUCGUCCUCACAGCUCGGCAGAGAACUGUAAACCGAGUACAUUUGUUCCUGUGGAACCAUGUGGCUGAUUCCCUAUGGUUUUUCAGUUCAUUUCAUGUCCUGCAAUGAAAAAAUGAUGUUAAAAACUAAACAGUUGUCAACAUUGUUGUCCUUUUUUUUUUUUUUUUACAUUUUAAUGACUUUAAAUUUAAGUUGGUUCAGCCCAGAGCUGAACUCGCUGCUGUGCUCAAAUCAGCUCCUCCCUGUCAUUGUUGACUUGAAUCAUUGUGUUGAAACAUGCGUUACCUGUCAAAAGAGGUUUG